GGUCAUGUGGAUAGAACCAAGGUCAUCCUCAAGGAAUUUCUAGCCAGAUUAGGCCCCAACUAAGCUGUAGAAUCAAAAUGAUUCUUGUAGGUAGAUGGGGUACAAAUGGAAAAUCAAGCCGGUAUGUGACUAGACAUGAUUUAAUACAGCUGUUAUUGACAUGACAGAUCCUUGCAGGCAGCCUCUUGAGAGCCUGGAUUUUUGUUACAGUGAAAAAAUUUGGAUGGAGCAAAUGUAUUUUACUGGAAGGGAAGUGGGCCCAGGAGCAGAUUUCUCUAGAAAUGACACCAUUCUGCAAGGUACUAGAUUCAAAAGAACCAUUUUCAAAGGGCAAUACUGUAGAAGUUUUGGUUGUUGUGAAGACAGAGAUGAUGGCUGUGUCACUCAGUUCUAUGAGGUGAAUGCAGUGUGUUACUGUGAUAAAUUCUGUGAAAGGGAAAAUUCUGAUUGCUGUCCUGAUUACAAGUCAUUUUGUCUUGAAGAGAAAGAGUGGCCUCCCCACACAAAGCCUUGGUACCCAGAAGGUUGCUUCAGAAAUGGUCAACACUUUGAAGAAGGAUCAAUAAUUAAAGAAAACUGCAACUCUUGCACAUGUUCAGGACAGCAAUGGAAAUGUUCCCAGCACAUAUGCCUUAUUCAAUCAGAAUUGAUUGAAUGGGUCAACACAGGAGACUAUGGAUGGACAGCCCAGAACUACAGCCAAUUCUGGGGAAUGACUUUAGAAGAAGGUUUCAAAUAUCGUCUUGGUACCUUGCCACCUAGCCCCACACUUCUGAGUAUGAAUGAAAUGACAACUUCAUUGCCUAUGACUGAUCUUCCAGAAUUUUUUGUUGCUUCUUAUAAAUGGCCUGGAUGGAUUCAUGGCCCACUGGAUCAAAAAAAUUGUGCUGCAUCAUGGGCAUUUUCUACUGCAAGUGUGGCAGCUGACCGAAUAGCAAUUCAAUCCAAGGGUCGAUACACAGCUAAUCUAUCCCCUCAAAAUUUAAUUUCCUGCUGUGCCAAGAAUCGUCAUGGAUGCAACAGUGGAAGCAUUGAUAGGGCAUGGUGGUUCCUGAGAAAACGUGGACUGGUAUCCCACGCAUGUUAUCCACUUUUCAAGAAUCAAAAUGCUACUAACAAUGAAUGUGCCAUGGCAAGUAGGUCUGAUGGGCGGGGAAAACGGCAUGCCACAAAGCCUUGCCCCAACAACACUGAGAAAUCUAAUAGGAUCUACCAAUGUUCUCCUCCGUACAGAGUCUCUUCCAAUGAAACUGAGAUUAUGCAAGAAAUAAUGCAAAAUGGACCAGUUCAAGCCAUAAUGAAAGUUCGUGAAGACUUCUUCCACUAUAAGGCAGGAAUAUACAGACAUGUUGCCAGCAUAAAUGAAGAAUCAGAAAAAUAUCGCAAGUUUCAAACACAUGCGGUCAAACUCACUGGAUGGGGCACAUUGAGAGGAGCACAAGGGCAGAAAGAAAAAUUUUGGAUUGCUGCCAAUUCCUGGGGAAAGGCAUGGGGAGAGAAUGGCUAUUUCAGGAUUCUUCGAGGAGUGAAUGAGUCUGACAUUGAAAAGCUAAUUAUAGCAGCUUGGGGCCAUCUGACAAGUUCAGAUGAACCAUAACACACCAUUAAAUUUCUAGAAGGCCAUCCACUUAAGUAACCUCUUAAAUUGAAAUUAAGCAAUGUGAAGUUCUCUGUGCUAAUGAAAUCUUCAACUCUUCAUCUGGUUAUUAUAUUGUGAUUAUUUUGUUUGUUUCCUUUGUUUUACCUCAGACUACAUGUUUCUGUUUCAUUUAUAGUACAGUGUAUAUCAAACCUCCCAGAGUGGUCUGGGAGGUGGUGCAGUGGGCAAAGCAUUGGGUACUCUACCGUGAGAACUUAAGGUUGAUUCCCAGCAUCACAUAUUCCAGAAUAAUACUCUGGUCAUUUUCUCUGUCUCUUAAUAAACACAUUAAACCUUAACAGAAUCUAAUACAAAGCAACAGAAUGGUUAA